AUGAAUACUUCGAAUAACAAUCCUUUAAAUAUACUCGAUUUACCUAAUGAAAUAUUACUUAAUAUUAUUAACAAACUAAGUUUCAUCGAUGUUUUCUAUUCACUUGUGGAUAUCAAUGAACGAUUUAAUCAAUUAUCGCUUGAUCCUCUUUGUAUUCAUAAUCUUAAUAUGACCGUUAUGACUAUGAAAUCAUUUUUUGAAUAUACAUUUUCAGUAGAUGAUCAGGUUCUUUCAAGAAUAUGUGAAAAUAUCUUGCCUCACAUUCAUUCACAAGUAUAUGAAAUUACUGUUGAACAACAUUCAAUCGAACGUAUUCUUCUGAAUGCCAGUUAUCCUAAACUUUACUCUAUAUCACUUGUUAAUUUUCAAGAAGAAAAACUUCUUCACUAUUUAACAGGUGAUUCAAUUCUUCGUCAUCUUCUUAGUCAACAAAUUACAUAUCUAAAUAUCGAUAUUCAGAAGAAGUGUAUUGAUAUGAAGAAUGAGGAUCUCGAUGGUAUAUAUAGUUUUACAUCACGACCGUGUGAAAUUUCAAGGAUAUUUAUAUUGAUUUUAUCUUUAUGUAAACAGUUAAUAAAUUUGAAUUUUUGUCAAUUAUUUUCUAAACGAAAUGCGUCAAUUUGUAUUCAUCAAAUAUCACAAACAAUGUGUAUGUCUGAAAGUUUAACUAAAUUAAAAGUUAAUGUCAAAGAUUUUGAUGAUUGCCUUUAUCUUCUUGAUUCCAAUCUCAAAUACUUAUCGAAAUUAAUUAUUAAUGUGGAACAUAUUGGGCCUAAAGAAAAUGUUACUCUCGUCACAAAAAAACUUACUAAAUUGAAAUAUUUUUCGUUGUGCUCGAUUUAUGAAACAUUUAAUUAUCAUGAGAGAAUUAUUCCAUUACUCCAUCGAAUGAUCAAUCUUGAAGAAUUGAUAUUGUUUUUGUCUGUAGUAAAAUUUAGCUCGGAUGUUAUUGAUGGUAUUCAAUUACAUGAUGAAAUUCUUGUUCAUAUGCCACGAUUAAAUAAAUUUACUUUCAGUAUAAAUACAGAACUUCUCAUCGAAAAUGAUAUAAAAACUAAUAUUACAACAAAAGAAGACAUUCAACAUAGUUUCAUUGGUAAAGAAUUUGAACAAGUUCAAGUUGGUUCAUAUGUCUAUUAUAAACGAUUGUAUUCCGUAAUUGAAUAUCAUAUCUAUACACUUCCAUAUCAAUUUGAAAAUUUUCUUCAUCUAAACAACUCUUUUCAAGGUGGGAUGUUUCAUAAUGUUCGACGCUUGAAGAUGAAGGAUAAUACACAUCAUUUUGAACACCAAUUAUUGAAAGUCAUUUCGCAAGAUUUUCCUUUUCUCAAAGAAUUAAUUAUUAAGAAUAUUCUACCACAACAGAAGCAACAUUCAUCGUCAUUGAUUACAUUUCGUCAUCUUAUCCUUCUGAAUCUAGCUCAAGCACAUGUUGAUUAUGCUGAAGAAUUUCUCGUCGAUAAAAACAUUCAUUUACCUAGUUUAUUGAAUCUUCGCAUCAAGUUUGAAGCACUUGAAAUGGUAACAAAGAAUUUUACAAACGAUGCAACACGUCUUACUUGUGCUAAAUUAAAAAAACUACAUAUAGAUGACGAGUUUGUUCAGACAAAAAAUUUUCAAAAGUAUUUUCCUUUAUUAUAA